UGCUGGGAGAGACAAGCUUGUCACACUUUAUUACUAGCUCCCUGCGCCUUUAACUACCAGAAGGAACGGCAAAGUUUCUUCAUUCGGUGAGUUGGAAUUAUCCUCAGCUGCAUUCAUCUAUCUCGGAGUCUGCUGAAAAAUUUCAUGAAUCCGUAUUCAUUAGCUGAAGUCAUGACGGACAAAGGAAACCUCACAGUGCCGAAGAUCCCGGAGUCCAACAUGGCGUUCAGUGUCCUUGGGGUGUUCUUGGGGCUGCUCCUGGAGGUGUCAACACAUGGCCCCACCAGCAUUCCCAGGAUGUCCUGGAAACACCAGGACGUCAAUUUGAUAGAGUUCUCGGAACCGGGAAUCUUCAACUAUUCCACUCUGUUGCUCAGCGAGGACAAAGAAGUCCUGUAUGUCGGUGCCAGAGAAGCCAUCUUUGAGCUGAGCAUGAGAAAUGUGUCAGUCAGAGCCAAUAAGGUGAUGUGGAAAGUUCCUGAAAACCACAUGACAAUGUGUAUUUUAAAAGGAAAAUCUAAAGAGACGGACUGCCUAAACUACAUUCGGGUUCUACAAGUGCUGGAUGAUGACAGUCUGUACGUCUGUGGGACGCAUGCCUUUCAGCCUCAGUGUGACUAUCUGACUCUCAAGGAUUUCAAACUGCAAGAGAAACAGGAGGAUGGCAGAGGCAGGUGCUCCUUUGACCCGGCGCAGAGUUUUACCACAGUCAUGGUUGAUGGAGAACUUUACUCUGGAACUGCGUACAACUUCUUAGGAAGCGAGCCGAUCAUUUCCAGAUACUCCCUUUCACAAAGUUUGCUGCGCACAGAGUAUUCCACAUCUUGGCUGAAUGAGCCCAGUUUUGUUUUUGCGGAUGUCAUCAGAGAAGGGAAGAACAGUGCAGACGGGGAGGAUGAUAAGAUCUACUACUUCUUCACUGAGGUGUCUGUGGAGUAUGAGUUUUUUGGCAAGUUGCUGAUACCCAGGAUAGCCCGAGUCUGCAAGGGUGACCUGGGUGGACAGAGGACCCUGCAGAAGAAGUGGACCUCCUUUCUCAAGGCCAAGCUAGUCUGCUCCAUGCCUGAGCUUAACUUUGUCUUCAACGUGGUCCAUGACGUGUUCAUCCUGAAGACGGCAGACUGGAAAGACACGGUCAUCUAUGGCGUUUUCACAUCGCAGUGGGGAAACGUCGGUUUGUCUGCGGUGUGCGCCUACAACAUGACUUCAGUGGAGGAAGUGUUCUCAAAGGGAAAGUACAUGCAGAAGGCCACAGUGGAGCAGUCACACACCAAGUGGGUGAGGUACAACGGCAUCACCCCAAGCCCUCGUCCAGGAGCGUGCAUCAACAACCACUAUCGGCUCCAGAACAUCAACAACUCACUUCACCUGCCAGAUAAAACCUUGCAGUUUGUGAAGGACCACCCUCUGUUGGAAGAUCCUGUCCUUCCCAUUGGCAACGGGCCAAAACUUAUCACCAAGGAUGUAAACUACACCCAGAUAGCUGUAGAGAGGGUCCAGGCCCUCGACAAUAACAUGUAUGACAUCAUAUUUACAGGGACAGAUAAAGGGGUCUUGCACAAAUCCGUGGUCUAUGAAGGCGUAGUGCACACCAUUGAAGAGAUACAACUUCUCAGCAAUGCUGAACCUAUAAAGACCUUGCUUCUCUCAUCUCAGGGGUCCAGGUUCCUUUUCGCUGGAUCAGACUCUGGAGUGGUGCAGUCCCCUACAGCCUUCUGUCACAAGUACCCCUCAUGCGAGGACUGUAUUCUGGCCCGGGACCCCUACUGCGCUUGGGACCCUGAAUCUAUGGUCUGCCGCAUCAUAUUCCAGGACCAGGAUAUUAUACGAAGCGAAUUGAUACAAAGCCUUAACGGUGAUGCGAGCAAGUGUCCCAAAGCAGACGGCCUGCCCAGAGAGCAGUACCACCAGGUGUCGGUGAAGCCGGGGAGGUCCGUCGAGCUGCCGUGCCACGUGGUGUCGAACCUGGCGCAAGCGGUGUGGACGGUCAACGGCAGCGCGCUGACAGAGGCGUCCCGGUUCCACCUCCUGGGCGAGGCUGGGCUGCUCAUCUACAGCGUGGCCCCCGAGGACCAGGGCCGCUACGAGUGCUGGUCCCUGGAGUGGGCCAGCGGCAAGAACUUCACCCGGCUGGUCACCGGCUACGACCUCAGUCUGUUUUCAGCCAAGAGGCCGACCACGUCCGGCCCCUCCACCGCCCGCACCUCCACCACCGCCCACAGGUCCACUGCGGCCCCUGAAGCCUCUACUGUACCUGUUUCUCCUGUCGACACCUCAUCCCUGUCCACUGUGGGGAGUGCCCCCUCUGUGUCCCCCUCCUCUUCAUCUUCCCCAUCUUCCUCCUCCUCCUCCACCACCUCCACCACUUCCUCCUCCUCCUCCUCCUCCUCCUCCUCCUCUCCCGAGUGGUGGGCCGGUGCGGGGGUACGGCUGUUGCCCCCGCUGCUGAGUGAGCAGGCGUGGGGGGUUCAGUCCCAGGAGGCGUUUCUGCUCUUCUGCCUGGCUUUGGGUGAGUGGUGUGUGAGACACCCCCUCCCCUCACCUCCUGAAUUGUGCAUGCAGCCUUCCCUUCCCUCUCAGUUCCCUCCUUUUAACAUGGACCUCUUCCGUGUGUUUGAGUUCUCUCUGGUUUUUGUAAAAAUCUCAUUUCAAUGGCUGACGGUACAAAACUGGACCUUAAGUGGACCUGAAGUUAGAGUAAGAAACAAAGUGGUUCGUUUUAAGGCACAUUAAAAUUUCAUUUUGUUGAGUUGAACAUUUGUUUAAAAUAAAAAAAUCAUGAACAGGCCGUUAUUCAAAAGUGUUAGCCCAGUGAACAUAAUCUACUUCCUUGCUAGAUUUGCACCCUUGUUGUUUUUCUGUUGUCAGAGGGUUUGACCUUUUACCUGUGUUAGGCCUGUAAAUGGACUGAAUUUAAUGUUGGGGCAGUUGGCACAAAAAAGGUCAAAAGCUAACUAACUGUUCAACUUACUGAAGGUGAGAAUUGAAUGCCUGCGACACGAAACAUGGGACUGUGUAUGGUACUUCAGGCUCAUUGUGUAAUUCUGAUUGGUUUCAUUACCUGUGUCAGAGCCUGUGAUUGUACAGUGUAAAUAUGUGUAUAUGGUAUAUACUUUGAAAGAUGUACAUAGGUGCUUAUAGACAUUUGGGUCUACUGUUGGU